UCUUUAAUACAACGAAUAAUCACCAAAUAUUCACUCUCUCACACACACGCACACAGUGGAGCGUGAAUCUAUACACGUGAUUGAUUGCUUUGUCAGCGCCCUUCUCUGCAAAUUCAAACCACUUUCUUCCUUCUUAGCGCCUCAUUCUUCUUAACACAAACCCUAACCCUAAUAAUCCAAAUUCAUCACCAGAUUUCAAUUCUUUAUGUUUCCUUCACUUCGAAUUGAUAUUUGGCCGUAAUUUCACCUUCGUUGACUUCGUAAAGGUCGAUUCUGAUGGAUUGUGGUGCAGUUAGAUCUGGAUUUAAGAAGAUGAAGUGUGAUGGAAUUGAAGAACAAGGAAGAAAUUCAUGUGAUUUCGGAUCGGUUUUUUGGCCGAAAGGGGAUUUGACAAAGAAUAUAUCUGCAGCAGUUAAUGGUCCGUCAUGUAAUGAAACGACACAAAUUUGUGCGAAACCGAGGAGUUUCGAUCUUGAUCUGAACUCACAGGACGUUUCGAUUUCGUUUAAUCAUGAACCAAUUCAUGUUUACAAGAACUAUGAGAAUGUGCAAUCACGAGACGCUUUGUCUGAGUGUGGAAGUACUUGCCCGCCCAUGGGCGAGAAAGACUCGAUGAGGAUUUGGAAAGAAAUGAAGCAGAACGGGUUCUUGUCAUCGUCUCAUGGUGGUGUGUCGGUCCUGCCAAUGCCAAAACCACGUGGGAGGAAGAAAGGGAAUGAAUCGGUUAUCAAGAAGAAGAUAGAGAUUGCUAAGAGGGAACAGGUUGAUAGGUUUGCGAAAGUUGCGGCUCCUAGUGGACUUUUGAAUGAGUUGAAUCCCGGGAUUAUAAAUCAUGUGAGAAAUAGAAAACAGGUUCAUUCGAUAAUUGAGAAUCUUGUGAGAUCUUCAAGAAACAAGAACAAGAAAGGUGAAAUUAAGCGGGAUGAAGGGAAUGUGACUCAUUCAUAUGCAAGCCAGCAGACAAGCUUUUGUCGGUCAACGGGUAAUGAUGUGCUUGAGCUUAAACUUUCAUCGGCUUCAACCAUGGCAUCAGAGAAUACGAGCUUCUUGUCAAAUGACGAGUCAGAAAAUAUCUCUACUGUUGAUUUUCUUUCUGUUAAAGCUGCAUGUGUUGCUUCUCAGUGGUUAGAACUUCUUCAUGAGGACAUCAAAGGCCGUCUUGCAGCAUUAAGACGCAGCAAGAAACGAGUUCAAGAUGUAACUCAAACAGAACUACCUUUGUUGAUAUCAAGGGAAUUAUCUUCUAGUCAAGAAAAUAAUCCUUUUGUUAAUAAAGAAAAUUACGACUUGCAUAAAUUCAGAUGGACUGCCCUUUUUGAUCAAAUGGAUAAAUCUCUUUCCGAAGAAGAGAAACAUCUGGAGAACUCAUUGAACCAAGUGAGGGAAAUGUUAACGCAUUGUGAGCAUGGUCUCCUCAAAUCCCCUCCAGCAAAUGGUUUGCAACAGCAGGCUACCUUGCAAAAUAAUUACAUGUUUCAGAAAGUAGAACCAAUCCUAGACAAGGAUUUAGCCGUUCGGGCUGCGGCUGCUGCUAUUUAUUCAACAUCCAGUUUUCUGCAACCCGCAGAAAAUUUACCCUGUUGCUAAUCAUCUUUUGACCAAAGGUAAUUACUUGUAACAGUUUUAACGUUAAUUAAACUUGCAUAUGAGAGCUCAUUUGAUAUUUAUUUUGAGUUUUGUUUCUUUAUUACAUUUAAACGUUUAAUUUGUGCAUCUGCAUUAUCUCUUUGUUCAAUCGUUUUACCGAUUUGUGACAAGGAAACUAGUUUCUGUUAACAACUUGUUCAUGAAAUUUAAUAAUAAGAAUUUGCAAUAA